UCAGUGGGGUUGCAGAGGCAGAGAUGGCGUCAAGCGCCCCCCAGAGGCAGCAGGAGGAAGGAGGAGGAGGGUCUCCAGAGGGAAGGCGGCUGCCUCAAAUGCCCAGCUGGAGGCAGGAGGAGGAAGCCCAGCCCCUGCCGCUAAAGUUCCCUUCCUACCUGGGAGCCCUGAGCGGGAGGGAGAUAGUGGAGCUCUACUGCGACCGCCUCCUCCAGGGUUGCAAGGCAGAAGAUGCUGAGCAGGCAAUUAGUAAAUAUCUUUUGGAAAAGAUGAAGAUGAAGAAUAAAUGGCUUGGCAUCUGGGAGACCAAUCCACAACCUUUUUUUGCCAGUUCUGAAGAAAUCCCCGUGUCAUAUGUUGGUGUGCUUGUUGAGGUUACUUGCAAACUGCCCCAGAAUCUAUCUUCCAACUCCAAAGUUUCCGUCUGUAUUGCUGAGCCCUUCUCCUCUAAUAUUGCCAAUAUUCCAAGACAUUUAGUUGAAUAUAUUCUGGAAGAAAUGGAUUAUUGUGUGCCUCUUUUGGAAAUCUAUCCUGUACAGGGGCAAGAUACUGUAGUGUCGGAUAUAGCCAAGGCUUUGGAAAUUGUGAGGUUUUUUGAUGGCUUCCUUUGGAGAGAAUGGGAUGAUGAAAAUAGUGAAACUUAUGCUGCACGGAUAGAAGAGAGAAUUAAGAUUUGGUGUGAUAUCAAGAAUGAGAUUAUUCCUUCUGCAAUUGCUCAUCGUUUUAAAAGAAAUCUGGAAAAAUACAAAAGCAUGCGUUUGGAAAUGAUUCAUUACCAAAGUAAUAUUAAGGAAGAGCCGACACCAGAAGAAGCAAUUGAAUGUUGGAAAAACUAUUAUGAAUUAAGAACGUUACGUGGAUUAUUAAAAAUAUGGGAAGAUUUACGUUUAAGGGCUCAUGGACCUCUUACCCCAAGAAUACUGAAACGAAGGAAAGGAUACAGAGAAGACAGAAAAACUAUAACUUAUGUUAUUGCAAGAACAGUGACAGUGGAAAUGGUUAAAGACUUAUCUCCAAAUACACCUAUUGAACGCCGUGAUAACUUAAACUCGGCUUUGGACAGUUGUUACAGUGGAGAUCAUGUCCUUCUCUUCCCUGGAGAAUAUAAGGCAGCAAGCCUUUCAAUGUUAACUGAAGAUAUUAUUAUUAAAGGAGCUGGAAAACCAGAGGAAAUUAUAAUUACUUCAGAGCCUGAUCAUGAGAGCUUUGUAGUAUCCAGGGCCCAAAAUGUGAAAUUAAUGAAUAUUACCUUAAUACAACAAAGAACUGUUGAUGGUAUUGUAGUAGUAGAAUCCGGACACACAGCUCUGGAGAAUUGUGUACUGAAGUGUGACGGAACUGGCAUCUGUGUACUUGCUGGAGCUUCUUUGACAGUUAUAAACAGCGAGAUUACUGGAGCUGAGGGUGCUGGAGUUGAGUUAUAUCCAGGAAGCACAGCGAUUUUGGAGGGUAAUAACAUUCACCACUGCAAUAACUUUAGAACCUGUGACCCCUCCAGCGGUAAACUUGGUGGCAUUAAUAUUAAGGUCCUUCCACUUCCUCAGCUAAGGAUGAAAAACAAUCAUAUUCACAGUAACAAUGGCUAUGGAGUGACUAUUAUGAAGCCUUCUGAAGAGUUUUCUGCUACAACGGAAGGAACAGUGGCAUGUGCUGCAGCAGGAGAUGGAGAAGAGUCUCUUUCCAAGUUAAUGCAGGAACUGAGCCUUGACAUGAGCACUAAUAUACUAGAAGAGAACGCUAAAGCCAUCACCAUCAUUAACUAAAGUUGCAGAUUGCACAUGAUUUCUGAAGUUUGCUUUGAUAUAUUUGGAAAACCUACUUCAUUAAAAGACACUACUAAUGUUUAUUGCUUUAUUAGAAGACUAAUAAAUAAGAAUAAUUAUUUGUAGUUCACAUUAAUGAACCUCUCAAGAUGUGGGUGUAAUAUAGAUAAAAAGGAGAGAAAACAUGAAAGGGUCAAAAAUUUCUUUCAGGAUAGAUUACCUUUUAUGAAUGCUGGAAACUGAAUUAGAAAAUAAACUUGGCAAAAUAUUAUUUUACUUAAUAAUAUGGGUUCACCUUUGCCGAAGCUUGGAAGAAGAAAGAUAUACCUAGAAAAGAGGAUUAAAUGCUAAAACUUUAUGAUAUGAUAAAAGCAGACAAACUAACCCAAUAUUUGAGAGACAAUACACUAGACAAAUUUGACAAGGAUUGGGGAAACUGAAUUUUUGAGGGAGCAACGGGGAGAAAACAGUCAUAGGACAGAGUAUAGAUAUACGUUACAGAAUAUAUAUAUAUAAUAGAGAGUAAGCAUAAAAAUUAAUUAGUUGGGGGUUAAUGGGAUUAUAGUACUGUUAAGAGAAGGAUAUAAGAAAAUAUAGCAACUGAGUCUAUGGUAUUAAAUCUAGGAAGUAAAAGCAAGUCAUAUAACAAAUGCAAGAUCAAAUCAACAGUGAGGAAGUUUUCAGGAGAGAAUGGAGAGACAGUUUGUCAAGAAGUUGCUUUAGAUUGAAUGUUAAUAACCAGGUAGAUAGUUAUAGUAAUUUGAUAGGUACGGGAAGGAAAUAAGAGGGUAAAAACAUGGAAAGUAUGAGAGAUUUAAGGAUGAAGAGGGGAGAAGUGAAAGAAGGGAGGGAGAAGUGAGGUUAGAUGGGAGGAUUAUGGGAAGAGAUUUAGGAUUAAGAGGGAGUUGGGGUAGAGGAGACUGUAAACCUUUUAUUAAAAUAACAGUUAAUGUAGUAACAAAUGUUUUAAUGUAUGCGUAAUGUGGUUGUAACGUAUGUGUGGAUAUGGAAAAUAAUAAAACUUUACUAAAAACAAUUCUUUCAGGAUAAGAAUGUACCUUAUGAAAUAGUAUAAAGCCAGAUAAGAGUAAGUAGAAGUAUAUUCCUUUGUACAUUGGGCUUUUUAAAAAAUUUUAUCUGUCAAAAA